GGCUGAAAAAAAACAGCUUUGCCCAGUCCCACCGCAGGAGACGGAGAGUUCGAAGUGUGAAAGACACCGCUGUGCCAGACAUGGCUGGUUUUGAAAACAAGUUGAGUUCUUACACUUUAACUCAGUUAAACGAACUGCUCGAAGAUGACGAGAAGCUCAACAAAUUUAUCGACGAUUCGGAAGAGAUUAAAGGAAUACAACAGAACAAGGAGAUGACCCUGGCUAGUAACCGUCUUCUGGCUGAGGAAAACCUUAAACUCCAACCCAUGCUUGACCAUCAAAAGAACGAGCUUACCAGACGUUACAGGAACCUACAGGAGCUGUUUGAGGCCUAUCAGCUGCGCAACACCACUCUAGACCACAUAUCUGGAAACAUGCCUUUGGACACAUUGCUUGCACUCCUACAAGCAGAAGGGGCCAAAGUCGAGGAAGAAACUGAGAACAUGGCUGAUUCAUUCCUCGAUGGUGCAGCCCCUCUGGACACAUUCAUUGAUGAAUAUCAGAGCAAGAGGAAGCUGGCACACCUGCGGAGAGUCAAGAUAGAGAAGCUCCAAGAAAUGGUGCUGAAAGGACACCACAUGGCUCCGGCUACACCUCAGCCCUCUCGCACUCAGGACCUUCCCUCCUGGCCAGCUGUUCUCCAUAGAGAGGUCAAUGGUUCCCCCAUGCCGUUGCCCCGCCGGGCUCCACCUCUUCCCCCUGUUAAAGUCACUCAAAGUCCUGCUGUCCAGCCCGCCACAGCCGUCUCCUACUCUCCUACCUCUCCGUUCUCUCCCACUACUCCAUACCCCCCAAUUCCCCCCAGAGUUGGAAACGCACCACUCAUUCUUAACCAGGGAUACCCCAGCAUGUACAUGCAGCAGUACCCCCCACCCGUGCCCCAGAGACCCCCUCCACGCAUGGCACCCCAGCCAGGCUUCAUCAUGCAGUGAGCGUGGGACAUUACAGUCUGUGGAUGAGAAACAGUGCACACUGGACAUUCAUUCAAGCCGUUUGUUGGUCCUUCAAGCUGCAUGUUAUAAAAUAUUGUGCACCAAGAUGGGAGUCUUGUCAUGUGUAAAAUGAACAAGACUUUUCUGCAAUCAAUGGGGCAUCUGCAACAGGAUCUUCAAUUUGCACUUUAGACUACUUUUGUAUUUGAUUGGUCAUGGUUAUGGAGUCGGAUUGUCCCCGUUCCUCCCUCUUCAGCAGCGUUAGAUCAAGUAAAGAUAUUUUACGUGAGCCUCAGGUGCUCCCAUACAUGAUAGAGACAUCAAAGUUCAAGAACAGGGAUUCAGUUAGGCCAGCUGGACAGAUAUGAAGAGCUAAGGUUUGAUGUGUUAGAUUCUGUUUGAGUUGUUAAGAUCUUGCUAAUAUGUCAGUUCAACCACUCUUCAGACAUUGCAUACCUGAAAAAGCUGCUUUAACAAAAAUGUAAUGCCUAUGCAAACAGACUGAGAACGGACUGUGCUGAUUUUAUUAGGUUAAAGAAUUUGCUCUCUAAGUUUUCCCAGACCUGCAUCCAAAGAUGUUAUUUGUUUUUCAGAGGAUCUGGUAGCAGUAAAACAAUGUGAAUUAGUAGAGGUUUUGGGUUAAAUGUGGGUGAAAAUUUGGUACUAAUGUUUUGGAUAAGAUUGGAUUAUCAGCGCUACUGCUACAACGGAGAGAGGACCAAAAUGCGUCUGUGAUGCGAGCAAAUUCGCGCUGAUGUAGGGAGCUUGUUGGCUAGAAUUUGGAAAAGGUGAGAGUGAACGGUAGUUUCAUGGGAAAAAAUGCUCUGGGUUAUUUUUAAUCAUUUAAGUGUGAACAUUUCUGAAGCAUAUUUGCUUGCAUUUACAUUAUCAUGCAUACUUAAACUGAUGCUCUAUGCAUAAUUUACCAUUUUAAUGUUUAUAUCAGACACCAUAAUCCUCCUUGUUUAUUUUUGCCAUCUGGUCUAAAGAUGUUCAUUGGAGAUGUGCUUCCUUUUCCAGAAACCCCUCAUAUUAAGUGAUAUUUAAUGUUUAACUAAUAUAGCUACGUCUAUUUAAAAAAAGUUUUUCCUCUAAUAACUUUACUGGUAAAAUUGGACUUACCUGUGUCAUCAGGUCUGUUACAUGUAUAUUUUCUGUCCAAAAUAUGUAGUAUUACCAUAGUCCUACAUUUUGCUUUCAUGCUGGAUCUGUUUUUGUAGUAAUGUUGUGGUUUUUCUGGCAUGCGUCUCAAAUUGUCACUUUGUGCCUAUGAUGGGUAAGAUGAGGACUUGUUCACUGUGGUGAGGAGUGUUUUGUGCUACAUAUUCCUCUUUGCCUUCCCGUUCUAUAGCAAAUUACUUAAUGCUGUUUACACAGGUACAUCCUUACAAGUGUCCUUUACCUAAAUAUCUAAUUUAUAUGUUUUACGUAUAGAGCCGUAAUUACAUUGCCUCAAAUUCAGGAAGUUGACAUGAUCGAAACAGGAAGAGGAAAACAUUUUUGUGUGCUCUCCAUCACUCCAGCACCAUCAUUGGUGCAUUAUUUAAGGAGCUGAACCCAGAUGAUGUAAGUAUGCAGGCUCUGUUUGAAUUAAAUCUCUCCUGUUUGUCGGACUCGGGUUUGGGUAUCUGCUUUAUUAUCUUGAUGCUGAUGAGCACCAGAUCGAGAGGUGGAGUUAAUUGGGUUCCUUGUGAAUCAGGCUGUGUUAUGUCUAGACAUUUGACUAAAUAUCUGUGAAAACCAUUAUGUACAAUGACAGGCUUGCCAAGCAUCUGGAAAAAGUUUCACCUUUGACAAUUGUGUUUGUUUGUAUGUAUGGUCUUGCUUUGUCUUAGAAAUAAUAAUAAUGAUGAAUGCUUGGUAACUUGUAUGCUUUUGCUGGCAAUUUAAAAUAGUGUUUUUUUUUUUUUUUUUAACUUUCCUAAUGUAAAAUUCACAGUCUAUUCUGUUAGGUGAGAGGUAGACAUUGGAAUUGAACUGACAUCUCUAUUUUAAAGAUAAUAAAUUAUAUCACGUCA